CUGGAGUUGGAGGAGAGAGAGAAAGGACGAGGAGGAGGUGGAGGAGGAUGGGCUGCGGGGGGAGCCGCGCCGAUGCCAUCGAGCCCCGCUACUACGAGAGUUGGACCCGAGAGACCGAAUCCACCUGGCUGACUAACACGGACACAGACCUGCAGCUCUCAGCUACCGCUACAGCCGCCGGGCUCAGCCCCGGGGAACCGGACAGCGGCCCAGAGGCGGGCGGCCUACGGGACCAGGGCUCCCUGUACGCCGGUGAAAAAAGAACGCAAGCAGAUGUCAGCAAGAGAAGUCACCAUCAAUGUUACCCAAAGCAUCCAACAAAUGGACAGAUAUAGAAGAAUUCUGAAGAAUUGAGUGAAUUAGCCGUGUUUUCAAAUCAAAGGGAGGAUGGACACUAAUGUCAUUUGGCAGUACUUUGCUGAUCUCUCCAGGGAAUUUAAAGAAACAUGGAUGUCCCUAAUUGAACAGACUAGAUUGCUGAGUGCCUUGGGUUACUUUGCAUCUCUUACCUGGCAGCAAAGAUCUGCCAUCAACGUUGGGACAUUCACUGAGCUGUGUGUAUCUAAUGUGUUGGCAGAAUACUCCUACAUGACAAUAAACUGCUAAUGGGACAUUUGAUUUUUUCCCCCCUCUCUCCAGGCUCUCAAGUGUUCUUCCCCAAGUCUGAGAUUUUGGAAUUGCAGUGGUCUGCUGAAGCCACAGGCCACUUUUUGAAAAGGAAAAUGGCAGGGGAAGGGUGUUACAGUGGGGGAGUUAUUACCCAAGAGCAGCCAUUGGAUAAUUCUGGGCCAUCACACCAAUGGUAUUUUUAUACCUGUGUUCCAGUACUUUCAGCAUUUCCGUUGGCUCCAAAGCUGGCCUUCCUCCAACCUCCAAAGGGAGAAGCCAAGAAGUAGGAAAUUAUCCAUUUUGUUUUUACUGCCUUGCUUCAGCAAGGGGGUAAAGAUUCAGAUCCAUUCUAGAUGUCCCCUUCUCCAACAGGGAAGCAGCCAGCCUUUGGUAGGGGGAUGGAAGACAUUUCCAGUGUCACGACUCCAAUACCAAACAAGGCCUAUACAAUCAUUGGCUUUCCACCAUUCUCCUACAGGAGGUGCCAUAUCAGCCCCAAGGAGUAAUUGCAGAGUAUGAGGCCCACCUACUCAUUUUGGAUCACUUGGUACAACAGAACUCAUCUUUCCUGUUCAUUAAGUCUGUAUUCUUCCACAGGAUCAGAAGAAUAGAAAGAACACUGGGUUUGGAGCCAGAGGAUCUGCUUCAGAUUCCACCUCUAACACAUCUUACCUAUGUGACCUUGGGCAAGUUAUUUCCCUCUC